AUGGAAGUUUAUUUCACACUUCCAACUGCACCAAAUUUUUUGAUUUGUUGCGAUGAAGCUUCUAAAGGAAAUCCAAGUGCGGCAGGGUAUGGAUUUGUUGCGAGAAAUGAUAUCGUGGAGUUUUUAGUAUCCUUGGAAGGUGGAGUAUAUGUAUCUACAAAUUUCUUUGCAGAAUUUAUGGCAGUGAUCUGUGCAGGAGAGUGGGCAAUACAAAAUGAUCAUUUGGAGGCAUGUUUCAGGUCUGACUCAAAAGCUGCAGUUCUAGCCUUCAAAAAUAGGAAAUUGCCAUGGUUUAUUGGAGCUAUAUGGAAUAAAGUGUGUGACGGAUUACAUGAUUAUGAAGUGGGGCAUAGUUAUAUGGAAGUUAAUUUCAGUGCUGACAAGUUGGAAAAACAAGGCAUUGUUGAUUGA